UGUUGAAGAAUCCAGUUGAGAAUUGUGCAAAAGACUGUGAAUUAAACUACGAAAAUGGCUCAUAUACCGGCUACCUCGCUGGGAAAUAAGAACAAAAAGCAUUUCCUCGGUGUUCCGGCACCGCUGGGCUAUGUGGCCGGUGUUGGUCGAGGAGCGACUGGUUUCACCACACGAUCGGAUAUCGGUCCGGCUCGUGACGCCAACGAUGUUUCAGAUGACCGGCAUGCACCACCGGCGGCCAAGCGAAAGAAAAAGGAAGAGGAGGAGGAGGACGAUGAGGAUCUGAACGAUUCGAAUUACGACGAGUUCAGCGGGUACAGCGGCUCGUUGUUCUCGAAGGAUCCGUACGAUAAGGACGAUGCCGAAGCGGACGCCAUCUACGAGAGCAUCGACAAGCGGAUGGACGAGAAGCGCAAAGAGUACCGGGAGAAGCGACUGAAGGAGGACCUGGAACGUUACCGUCAGGAGCGGCCAAAGAUUCAGCAACAAUUUUCCGAUCUGAAGCGAAACUUGAUCGCUGUCUCGGAAGAAGAGUGGGCCAAUCUGCCCGAGGUAGGCGACAGCCGCAACAAGAAGCAACGCAAUCCGAGGGCCGAAAAAUUCACGCCCCUGCCCGAUAGCGUACUUUCGCGCAACCUGGGCGGUGAGUCGACUACAGCGAUCGAUGGUCGAUCUGGGCUCGCCUCAAUGAUACCGGGAGUGGCCACACCAGGAAUGCUGACACCAAGCGGUGAUCUCGAUCUGCGCAAAAUCGGUCAAGCGCGAAACACGCUAAUGAACGUGAAGCUAUCGCAGGUGUCCGAUUCUGUCACCGGACAGACCGUGGUCGACCCGAAGGGUUAUUUGACGGAUCUGCAAAGCAUGAUUCCCACGUACGGUGGGGACAUAAAUGACAUCAAGAAGGCGCGCAUGCUGCUGAAGAGUGUGCGCGAAACAAAUCCGUACCAUCCGCCGGCCUGGAUCGCUUCGGCACGUCUGGAGGAAGUGACGGGUAAGCUGCAGAUGGCCCGAAACCUGAUCAUGCGUGGUUGCGAGCAAAAUCCGCAGAGUGAGGACCUAUGGCUGGAAGCCGCUCGACUGCAACCGCCCGAUACGGCCAAGGGUGUGAUCGCACAAGCUGCACGUCGCAUUCCGACCUCGGUGCGCAUCUGGAUUAAGGCGGCCGAUCUCGAAACGGAACCAAAAGCGAAGCGGCGCGUGUUUCGCAAAGCCCUCGAACACAUUCCCAACUCGGUGCGUCUCUGGAAGGCGGCCGUCGAGAUGGAGAAUCCGGAAGACGCAAAGAUUCUGCUUUCGCGAGCCGUCGAGUGCUGCGGUACCAGCGUGGAGCUGUGGCUCGCUCUGGCACGCUUGGAAACAUACGAAAAUGCCCGGAAAGUGUUGAACAAGGCGCGUGAAAAGAUUCCAACCGAUCGACAGAUCUGGACGACGGCUGCCAAGCUGGAAGAAGCGAACGGGAACAUCCACAUGGUGGAAAAGAUCAUUGAUCGAGCGCUCUCAUCGCUCACGGCUAACGGUGUCGAGAUUAACCGUGAUCAGUGGCUGCAGGAGGCGAUUGAGGCAGAAAAAUCUGGCGCGAUCCGGUGCUGCCAGGCGAUCGUACGUGCGGUUAUCGCGAUCGGUAUCGAUGAGGAGGACCGGAAGCAAACGUGGAUCGAUGACGCGGAGAAUUGCGCCAAAGAGGGUGCGUACGAAUGUGCCCGUGCCGUGUACGGCUACGCAUUGUCCGAGUUCCCUUCGAAAAAGAGCAUCUGGUUGCGGGCGGCAUACUUCGAGAAGAACCACGGAACACGCGAAAGCCUUGAGGCGCUGCUGCAGAAGGCCGUCGCGCAUUGUCCUCAGUCGGAGGUGUUGUGGUUGAUGGGAGCGAAAUCGAAAUGGUUAGCGGGUGAUGUGCCGGCCGCUCGUGGCAUUCUCUCGCUCGCCUUCCAGGCCAAUCCGAACUCGGAGGAUAUCUGGUUGGCGGCCGUGAAGCUGGAAUCGGAGAAUGCCGAGUAUGAGCGGGCCCGGCGGCUACUGGCCAAGGCUCGAGCUUCCGCUCCGACACCGCGCGUCAUGAUGAAAUCGGCUAAGCUCGAGUGGGCUCUAAACGAUCUGGAAGAAGCGCUCAGCCUGCUCGAGGACGCCGUACGAGUGUUCCCCGAUUACGCCAAACUGUGGAUGAUGAAGGGACAGAUUGAGGAACAGAAGAAUCUACUGGAACGUGCGGCCGAAUCGUACAAUGCGGGAUUGAAAAAGUGUCCCAACUCGAUACCGCUCUGGUUGCUGUUGGCGGCGCUCGAGGAAAAACGCAACCUGUUAACGAAGGCACGUUCCGUGCUCGAGCGUGGUCGGUUGAAGAACGCUAAAAACCCUCUGCUCUGGUUGGCAGCCAUUCGUAUUGAGAUCCGGGCCGGGAUGAAGGAUAUGGCGCACACGAUGAUGGCCCGCGCGAUACAGGAUUGUCCGAAUGCGGGCGAAUUGUGGGCCGAAGCCAUCUUUCUCGAGCCACGACCGCAGCGUAAGACGAAAUCGGUGGACGCUUUGAAGAAAUGUGAGCACGAUCCACAUGUGCUGCUGGCUGUUUCAAAGCUAUUUUGGAGCGAACGGAAGUUGCAGAAGUGUCGCGAUUGGUUUAAUCGCACGAUUAAGAUUGAUCCUGAUUUCGGCGAUGCGUGGGCAUACUUUUAUAAGUUCGAACAGCAGCACGGCACCGAGCAGCAACAGAAUGAGCUGAUGGAACGAUGUAUCGCAGCCGAACCGAAGCAUGGUGAAGAGUGGUGCAAGGUGAGCAAGGACAUCGCUAACUGGUGCUUCAAGACCGAGGAUGUCCUGAAAGCUGUCAUACGUAAUCUACCGACACCGAUUUAAGCACGGACAAGAUGAGGAACAAAUUUGACGUUUUCUUUUCCAUAUUUAUCCUUCAAUUCUAUCCACGAUACAAGCACGCCUAACACAUUCACUGUGCACAUUUGAGUGAUGCGUGUCCAAUAAAGGUAGUUUUUAGAGUUGGAGUGUCACAGUGAGGAACUGGAAUCGAUGUAAAAUUAUUUAGGAACGACCGCAUGCUCAGAAAAUCAUGUUUUAACGGAAGCAUUACUCUUUCUAAGCUAAUAAACAAAUAACUAAUUCGA